GUAUGUGAGUUUGGCUGCAGCUCAAUUCCGUUGUACAUGCAUGCGGUCUGUCAAAAAAAAAACGGUAGAUUUAUUUAUUGAUUUACAGAAUGAAGAUCGUUACCUGGAACAUAAAUGGCAUAAGGACUUUCAGAGGAGGCAUUAAAAAGGCUCUUGAUUCACUGGACGCGGAUAUAAUCUGUGUUCAAGAGACAAAAGUGACAAGAGACCUGCUUGAUGAAAGAACUGGCAUUGUUGACGGUUACAACUCUUAUUUCAGCUUCAGUCGAGGACGCAGCGGCUAUUCAGGAGUUGCCACUUACUGUAAAGACAGUGCCACUCCAUGUGCUGCUGAAGAGGGUCUCACCGGUCUGUUGACCCACCACGAAGGGGCUGUUGGAUGUUAUGGAGACCAGUCUGAGUUCAGCAGCGAGGAACUUCAGCUGCUGGACAAUGAAGGACGAGCCGUUAUCACACAGCACAGAAUCAUGUGUCAGGACAAAGAGCAAACUGUAACUGUGAUCAACGUGUACUGUCCGCGGGCCGACCCUGAGAAGCCGGAGCGAAAGCAGUUCAAGCUGCAGUUCUACAAACUGCUUCAGAGUCGGGCUGAAACUAUACUGAAAGAUGGCAGCCACGUUAUUGUUUUAGGAGACGUAAACACAUCUCACCGGCAAAUAGACCACUGUGACCCAAGCGACAUUGAGGACUUUGGUGAAAACCCUGGGAGGAAAUGGCUGAAUGGCUUCUUGCAUAGUGGCAGACCAACAGAGGAAACGAAUGAGGAGCAAACCAACGAAGAAUUUGAGGUAACUUCUUCAGAUCCCGUCCACGGGGGGAAAUUUGUGGAUACAUUUCGCUAUUUCCACCCCACCCGCACCAGCGCCUUCACAUGCUGGUCCACCAUGACUGGAGCACGGCAAACCAACUACGGCACGCGCAUCGACUACAUAUUCGCCAACUGCCAGCUCGCCAAGGAGCAGUUUUUGGCAGCGGACAUCAUGCCGGAGGUGGAGGGGUCGGACCACUGCCCUGUGUGGGGGAAGCUGAGCUGCGCCCUACUGCCCAGCUCCAAAACUCCCCCCUUCUGUACAUGCUACCUGCCAGAGUUUGCAGGAAAGCAGCAGAAGCUAUCCCGCUUCUUUGUUAAAGUGGACCAAAAAUCAAUUCAGUCUGAGCACAGGGAGGCUUUGCCGGGAUCUCAAGAAGAGGAGGAAAGGAGGGAGAACUUAAACCCAUUCGGAGCUGGAAACGCCUCUGGUAAAAAACGGUUAUUAACAUCAGACUCGGUUGUCCCAAAGGGGAAAAAGACUAAGACUUGUCCAAAGCCACAGGGCAGCCUCCUCUCCUUCUUCAAACCCAAACUCCCAACGGCUGCUCCCUCUACUGAAGCCCCUGAAAAAAAAACAUUUGUCUCUGACGAAGAUACCUCUUCGCAAAACUCCCAAAAGGCGUGCACAACCAGCAAAGAUGUUUCCUCAGCCCCAAGCGGCGAACCUGUCCCUGAGCUCCUCGAUGAUGGUUCACCGCAGCUCUGCACCACAGUGGAGAGUGACAAACAGAUUAAACUAAAACAUUUAACCCCAGCGCCAAAGAAAGGGGCUUCGUUGGUGUUCUGGAAGUCAGUGCUUCACGGGCCGCCUCCACCUCCCUCCUGUAAAGUCCACGGGGAACCCUGUGUGCUGCGUACUGUGAAGAAGGAGGGGCCGAACUUCGGAAAACAGUUCUUUGUGUGCGCCCGUCCUCAGGGACACGCCUCCAACCCAGACGCUCGGUGUAAUUUCUUUGCGUGGGUCGAAAAGGGGAAGUAACAUGUUGACUGUGCGGACAGGUGUUUUUCCUAGCUAGUUACUACACAAAUGUCUCAUCAUUUCACACAUUUUAAUUGCUGUUUGUAUGUCUUGUUAUUAUAAUAGUAUUAAAAGGUUGCUUUUUUC